AGCUGUUAAAGUAGAAAGGAAUAGUUCGCUUUUGCAUUCGCGCUUCUGUCGCGAAACUGUUAACACAAUCAUGAAGUACGUUCUGGUGUUUAUACUGGUCGCUGUAGUGCUCGAUGUUUGCCUGGCAGGACCGGGCUGGAAUGAACGAAGGAAAGGUUCGAGAGGGGAUCGAGAACGAAGGCGCAAAAUGAGGAAUCAACGGCGAAUGGGAACAUUUGAUCAUUUUUCUGAUAUGUUCAAUCAAAGGUUCCAUGGUGGUCGUUACAGUUUUGAUAUUGGACCAAAGCGCGAUCCAUGGUUCGGGCUAGACUUUAGUUGGACUGGGGAGACAAAAGAUAUGUCAUGGUGGAAAGGACCAAACGUGUGUUUCUCAAUGAAGGAGAGCGUCCAAAACAACACGGGAGAAAUACAUACCCAUUUUAGUAGCCAGUCGUUAAUUUGUGACGGCACUGACACAACCUUCAAAUGUACAAAAACGCGGUCAACUCCACGUGGUAAAGAAACUACUGUGGAACUAUACGAAUGUUGUCCUGGUUUUACUAGACACGAGGAUGAAUUUGGUUGUUUGCAAGAAGUACCUUUGUUUGACAUCCCGACACUUCUAGAAAACUUGAAGCUGGAAGAGUUGAUCAAGUUGUUGGAAACUUCCGGCCUCUCGUCAGAUGUUCUAUUCUCUAGAACUAAUAACUUUACCAUAUUUGCGCCCUCGGACGAGGCCGUGAAAAUGUUCCUGCCCCUCAUUGCGGAAAUGGAGACAACUGUUGACCUUACGGAUUUAGGUUCGGUUGUCAUGGUAUCGGAGGAUAUUAAGGAUUCUGUCAUUAACAACACAAGGAACCUUCUUCUUGGCCAUGUAACUGUCGGCAUGGUGACGUCAUCACAAAUCAAUGACAACAUGCUUAUUGAAACUGCCAGUCCGUUAAAAUCAACAAUAAGAAUGAACGUUUAUCAACAACCAGUCCAGUUGCUGACAGCUAAUUGUAAGAAGGUUAAACAAGCGGAUAACAUUGCCAGGAAUGGUGUUAUACAUGUGUUAGACGACGUGCUUGAACCCGUCACAGAGACGUUACUUGAAUUGAUACAGAAAAAUCCAGAACUCAGCACUCUUAAAACAGCUUUGGGUUCCUCGAACAUUGGGGCCUCGCUCAGGGAAGACGGACAGUACACUUUGUUUGCCCCAACAGAUGCUGCCUUCAAAAAGCACAAGGAUCUCUUGAUGAAAAUAAUAUCGAACCCGAGCUGCAUGGACAAUGUUUUGAAGAAUCACUUGUUGCCAAAUGUUGUCUGCUCGUCAGUUAUCCAAGGGGAUACCCAAACGCCUAAUAUCUUGAAUAAACAAACCAAACUGACAAGAGAUGCAGACGACAAGUUGUAUGUAGAUGGCGCUCAAAUCAUCACUUCUGACGUCAUGGCUACAAACGGUGUUCUAUACAUCUUAGACGAUGUUCUUAUACCAGAUGAAGCUCUGAAUUUGCUCCAGAUAGCUGAAAAGAAUGAUCUCGUAGAGUUUGGCAAGCUUGUGGAUCUUGCCGAUCUCAAAAAAGAACUACAUAAUACAGAAAAUGUCACAGUGUUUGUACCUAGCAACGACGCUAUUAAAGUGCUGUCUUCACGCGUUGUUGCUAACUUUGCAAAGGACAAAGAGGGGCUUCAGGAAAUUCUGAAAUAUCAUAUCGUCCCAGAAGUCCUUUCUUGCAGCAAGCUCUACAACAAUCAAAAAUUUAAUUCUCUACAAGGGACGCAACUUCGAAUCAAUGAAUAUUCCUCUUUCCCAUUUGGUCGUAGUUGGACACAGACGGUACAAUGUGCACAGAUUGACAGUACUCCAAUCAAAGGAUGCCAUGGUACAAUGUAUGUUAUUGACAAGGUAUUGGUACCCCCUACAGGAAAUGUACUUGAUGUUUUAGCUCAAGAUAAGCAGUUUUCAACUCUUAUUGAACUCAUCAAGAUUGCAGGGUUAGGAGACACUCUUCAACAGGAUGGUCCAUACACCGUGUUUGCCCCAACAAAUCAGGCAUUUAGUGCUAUUGGAAGUGAUGCAGUGGACGAGCUUAAACAAAAUCCAGAAACGCUCAAGUCAGUUCUUUUGAACCACGUGGCACGAGAUUCGAUAUGCUGUGCGGGUGUGAUACGUGCUAACUGGUUUGACUCUCAGAAGGUUCGAACCCUUUCUGGCGAUGUAUUCCGUAUUGGCAGAACACGACGAGAUACAAUCUAUAUUGACAAUUCAGAUAUAAUCCAAUGCGACCUUACUGCAACAAAUGGUGUUGUCCACGUCAUCCAUGACGUCAUCACAUCUGCCAGUCGUAGAGAUCCAUGGGACUGGAUCUGGGAUUUCAAAUAAACUUUAAUAAUUGUUGAUCAGAAAAGGGAAAAGUUUCAAUACUGAAUGACGAUCAAUUGCUUGAUCUGAACAAAAUCUUAUUUCAUUAUAUGCUUCAUAUAACUCUAUUUUAAGUAAAUAUCUUGAAGGAAUGUUAUUUUUCUUUUCUGUAUUUUCUUCGGGAGAUCUAGAUCUAGCUCUAUGCUUUAAAAUAUACUGUAUAGAUCUGUAGCAGUUUUGAUUGUGAAUAUUUUGUUUAUUUAAAAAAAUGGAAGUGUUAAAAAAUUGAAGUGUUUUCAAAAUGUUUAUUGAUCUUGCUAUUCUAUGAGAAUUCUCAUUAAAGUUGAAUUAACUCUUUA